UGGACGUUAUUAUAUUGCGUUACCAGGCAUUAAUAUAUCGUAUUCAUAUAAUGAUUAUCGUACAGCUGGACCAGCUGCAGACGACGCUAAAUAUGGCGGCGUGUCGAGUGCUGCGCCUCUUGGCCACGCCGGGACUCUCUCUGGGUGCACACACUCUGCAUGGCCACAGUGGUAAGCUUGUCCAGCGGGCUAGACUCCUUCCCGCUGCUAUCCAGGUCCGCAACUAUGCUGAGAAGAAGGUAUACCAGCGAGACAAACCUCACUGCAACAUUGGUACAAUUGGGCAUGUUGACCAUGGCAAAACAACUCUUACUGCUGCUAUUACGAAAGUGCUUUCUGAAAAGGAGUUAGCCCAAGCUAAGAGGUAUGACGAGAUUGACAAUGCCCCUCAGGAGAAGGCCCGAGGCAUUACCAUUAAUGUUGCUCACAUUGAGUACAGCACUGAGAACAGACACUAUGGCCACACGGACUGUCCCGGACAUGCUGACUACAUCAAGAACAUGAUUGUUGGGACAUCUCAGAUGGAUGGAGCCAUCCUUGUUGUGGCGGCCACUGAUGGUGUAAUGCCUCAGACCAGGGAGCACCUUCUCCUGGCAAAGCAGAUUGGAAUUGAGAACAUUGUUGUCUUUAUAAACAAGGUUGAUGCUGCAGAUGAGGAAAUGAUUGAGCUUGUUGAAAUGGAGAUCCGAGAGUUACUGACAGAAAUGGGUUAUGAUGGUGACAAUGCUCCUUUGGUGAAGGGCUCUGCUUUGUCUGCAGUUGAAUCCAAAAAUCCUGAAAUAGGAGCAAAGGCUGUAGAAGAACUCAUGGCAGAAGUUGACAAACACAUUCCCACUCCUGUGCGUGAGCUGGACAAGCCCUUCAUGCUGCCGGUGGAUAGUGUGUACUCCAUAGCAGGUCGUGGCACUGUGGUGGGUGGACGGCUGGAGCGAGGCAUUGUGAAGAAAGGCAUGGAGUGCGAGUUCCUGGGGUACGGGAAGAAGUUCAAGAGCACAGUGACGGGGGUUGAGAUGUUCCACCAGACCCUUGAGGAAGCGCAUGCUGGGGACCAGAUGGCGGCUCUAGUGCGAGGACUCAAAAGGGAUGACGUCACUAAGGGCAUGGUUAUGUGCAAGCCGGGCACCUUGAAAUCUUAUGACCAUGUGGAGGGCCAGGUGUAUGUACUGACAAAGGAAGAAGGUGGCAGGUCGAGGCCCUUCACCUCCUUCUUAAACAUGCAGGUGUACAGCAAGACCUGGCGAUGCAGUGCUCAGAUUGUUGUUCCUGACAAAGAGAUGGUCAUGCCUGGGGAGGAUGCCAAGCUUGACAUUCGCUUUUUUAAGCCCAUGGUGCUGGAGAAAGGCCAACGCUUCACCUUGAGGGAGGGUAGUGUCACUAUUGGCACUGGAGUCUUCACCAACAUCAACAAGAACUUGACUGAGGAGGAAAAGCUAUACAUUCAAGAAGGCAAGAAGUACAGAGAUAAAAAACUCAAGGCCCAAGGAAAUUGAGAAGUAUCUGGAAACUUUCCAAACACAUGUUAAGGAUUUUACCUGUUGCUUGUUUUGUUGCCACUUGAGAGGGACUCCUGUCAUUCAGCUUUGUGUUAUGUUUGUGUUGUCUGAUAUCUUAAAUUUUUUUUCUUCUACUGAAUCAGCUGUUUGUGUCUGUGGUGCGAGUUAUGGCUUUGGAAAUUUAAUCACAACAAUCAGGUUUUCCAGUAUACUUUAAUUAAUUUCAGAAAUCUAAUCUAAAAGUGAUACUGAUGCCUUGAACUUUAUUCUCUCACCCAAAUGUUGUACUUGUCAGUCAUGUAAGGCCCCUCCAUGUACUUAAUGAACAUAACUGUUCCUUCUUAUUAUUUUGUGCAGGAAGUUUUAGUUAUGAGAUGUGCUAUGAAAUGUCUGACAAGUUACCAUAUUUUAGUUAUUAUAUAAUAACUGUCAUUUAAGUGUUGAUACUCAACUAGAUGCCAUGUAAUAAACUAAAUUUUACACUGAUGGUGUAGGGUUAGACCUUGACUGUGUUAGAUAUUAGACAUCUGAACUUUUGCUAACCAGUAGAUUUAUCUGACUGCAUUAUCUUGUGGAAAGCAGUGGUGGUCAUCUGAGGAGGGAUUGAUAAUGAGAAAACAUUUCAGUAUAUGGCAAGGUAUCUUAAGUGCUCACACUUAAGCCUCAAUAGUGUGUGAUGGAGCCAGUAAACUAUUUUAAGCCUUUCCUUGCUAAGCGCUUGCAACGAGACUAUCCCCCAGGUGCGCUCGGGCACCCCAGAGGGGGAAGGGGAUCUCUCUUAACAGCUGUAUCUCAAAAACUAUUCAUCACAGCUACAAAACAAAAAAAACAUUGGAAAGAGGAGGCCAAGAUCUAUAAGAUUCCAAAUUUUGUGGAAAACCCACUGACUUGGCAAUGCUGUGGGGUGAGAAAUAGUGUUGGAACACUCUCAUACGUGGGAAAUUUGAGUGCGACUGGAGCUCACAGCGAGUGUUUAGCAACACCGGCAAGUUAUGCUAGUGCGCUGCGAGCGUUUAGCAACGAAAGGGUUAAUAGACUUAUUUAGGCUUACUGGUCUUCAUAAUAUAACAGCAGGAAUGUGAUAAUCACAGUUUCAGGAGGUGUUAAGAUAAUGACAACAUGAGCCUCUGAUAACAGAACAAAAAUGAAGAUAAUAUAUCAAACUGGCUGCAUCUGAUAGGUUUUCUUAUAAGCAUUUCAUCUUUACAUAUUAAGUUUUUGUUACUGUAUAUGUUUAUACAUUAAGCUAGUGAAUUCAAGGAGUCCUGAUAGUUUAGCAGUCUGGCACAUAAUUUGAAUGGCAAUUUUGCCCACAGAUUUGAUAGUUGUGACUGAAAUAUAAAGUCUCACAUACUGUAGAUGCUGUCUAUUAUGCAUAUGACAAAAUCAUGACUGUAAUGACUUUAGUUUUGAGAACAUGUAAAAUCCUGAUGUGUUGAAUUAAUUUGUAAUGUUAAUGUAAUUUUUUUAAAGAAUUGAAAACCAGUUGUUUGUUAUGACACCUGUAAAUAAAAUGUCUAUAUAUUA